AUGGCAACGACCAAGUGCGAUGCGAAUGCCAAGCCGACAUGGCUUGUGCAGACGCUGAGCACCUUGUCUGAUACAAACACACCGUCUACCGUCCGCGAGUCCCUUGCACAGCAAUGGGCAUCUGACCCAUCUUCCACACGUCUUGCUGUAACGCAUCUCGUGCGUGAAUGCCUACAAGGGGCAUCGAUCUCCUCUGUACAUGCAGCACAGACACUCGACGUACAUGAUGCCGCCUGGCCAGACGCUUUGCUCGACACAUUGUGGGCGCUCGACUGGGAAAUGGAGGCGCGACAUGAAGCGGGGGAUACGUCCGCCGUGUCUCUAGAUAUGGCGCGUGCGCGUCUCGCGGAUCUACUGCAUGAACUUGUUGCUCAAGGUGUGCUGGAGCGGCAGAAGGUCGCGGCGCGCAUCGAUGCGCCGCUGCUGGGCAAACUGGGCAUGGUGGAUCCGUCCCUGUUCCAGCGACGUGGCAUACAGAUUCGCACGGCCACUUUUUUCAAGCAGCCCAAAUACAACCUACUGCGUGAAGAGAACCAAGGCUAUGCGUCGCUAUUUAUGAGUCUCGAGUCAUGUGUGGGUCCGUCGCUGGUCGUCGAUGAUCUCGGUCGCGUGCGUGAGGACGAAACGGCUGCAGAGCGAGACGCACGAGCCGCUGGCUGGCUUACGACGAUGACCAGCCUCGUUGGUGCGUACAACCUCGAUCCCGCUCGUGCGCUCGAUGUGGCUCUCACGCUCUUCUGCUCGCAUGUUGUGCACCAUUAUCCGUUUUUUCUUAGCCUCUUCCGCCAGGCGUCGCCAACGUGGGACAGCGAGCGGAUCACAGAAAUCCUGGGUUUCCAAUAUGCACACUAUGUCCAUCCUGACACACGAGAGUCUGCGCCCGAGGAGCUGUACCUCCUGACCGCAUUGCUGAUCCGCGAGCGGAUCGUGUCACUGGCGCAAAUGAUGGCGUAUAUCGCGUCCGACGAUGCGAUGCGGCAACUCCGGCACGCAUAUGAAGAAGCCCUCACGACCAAGACUGCAUCCGUUGGCGCAAAUGCUCUGACGAUGGCUGCGCCGCUUGUCGAUGACGAUGCCCCCACGUCGUCGCCGAAUGUGUCUGCCUCCUCGUCCGCACCAGACCGUGCUGCGUCUGCAUCGCCAGCUGCGCAUGGCGUGCAUGGCAUCAAACUGGUGCGCGCCAUGCUCCGCUGUGGUGCGCUGGACGAGGUGCGUGCGUUCAUCGCGGCGCAUCCAUGGAUCUUUGGUGCCUAUCCCAGCUUGACGCACGCAUAUGUACGGCUUGUUUGGCGUCGUCUCGACACGCCAGCGUUCCGACGCAUCGCUGUCCUUUGUCACGUCCCAACGCGUGCGCAGCGCACCAGCACGCUCACCAUGUUUGCGCCGGAGCCCCGCGCAACGCGCACGCACCAGUUUGUGUUCUGUGUGGGUGACUGGGCCGACGCACAUCCGCCGUUCGAGCACGCAGAAGACGUGCUUCCGCUCCUUGCGCCACUGGGCGUGUAUGUGUGUCAGGACCGGCGGCUUCUCCAGCUCCUUUGUCGUGUGUGUGCGAACGCAACGAACAAGACGCCGUGGAUGCACUUUCUCCGCACGCAGCUCAUGCCAGCUAUCACACUAGCCGAUGGCGGCGCGCCCGUCCUGUAUGAGCUAUGGCGCGUGUUGCAGACGCUGCCCUACACCGAGCGGUACAGCUUGUAUGGUGAAUGGAAGCAGCGCUCAGGAAAACGGCCGGAGCUGCGCUUUGCCAAGAUGCAGACGGAGCGGGAGGCGCGUGGCAUUCUCCGGCGCAUUAGCUCCGACAAUGUGCGUGCGAGUGGCCGGAGCUUUGCAAAAGCAGCGCACGCACACCCGACGGUGUUUUUCGACGUGGUGCUGCAUCAGAUCCAGUCGUAUGAUAACCUGAUUGAGCCAGUGGUCGAUGCGGCCAAGUACCUGACGCCGCUCGAGUACGACGUAUUUUCGUAUGCGCUGCUGGACGCACUGAGUCAGCCCGCCAAGGAGCGGACCAAGUCGGACGGGACGAACGCGAGUCUGUGGCUCAAGAGCCUCGCUUCGUUCGCCGGUGCCUUUUACCGAAAGUAUGUCUCGAUGGACGGCACGCCUUUGCUGCAGUAUCUGGCGAACCGCCUCAAGCAGGACAAUGUAACAGACCUCAUUGUACUUUCUGAGCUUGUGCUGAAGAUGAGCGGCAUAGAGCCGGCGGGCGAGCUGUCCGAGUCUCAGAUGGCCGCCCUGUCCGGUGGGCCGCUGCUGCAGACCGAGGCCGCCAUGACGCUCAUGCCCGGCUCCACGCCUGCCGCCAUCCUGCUCGCUCGCAACGGCUUCAAGAAGGGUGCGCUGCGUCUGUACCGCAUGCUCGUGCAGAGUCGUUUGGCCAUGCCGAUCCUGAUCCUCAUCGCACAGCAGCGGCAGGCGUGCGUGUUUACGGCAGCGGACGACGCCGCCGAUACGCCCAUCAAGUCGCUCAGCAGCACUUUCGAUACAUGUGUCGCGAUCCUGUUCCAGUACGCACACUUUCUCGCCGCACAGGGAGCCGAAGACCACGCUCAGCGUGUGCCGUUACCGGCAGACUGGAUCCGCCGCUUUGGUCUCGACGCUUCGAUGGCCUUCCACCUCGCACGGCCCAGGCUCCUGUGGGACAUGCAGCAGAGCAGCAAGUCCGAGGACAAGGACAUGCACGUCGAUGGCGACGUCGAGGUCGUCUGGCACGCUGCACUGCAAAGCACCGUGCAAGGCAUCGCGUCGGUGAUGCCAGCAAACUCGAUCUCCGCCUUAGGUGCGCCGUUCUUUACCACGUUCUGGCAGCUUGCUCUUCCAGACGUCACCGUACCUAUGGAGCGCUACCAACAGGAACUCUCCCGGCUCCGGCAGUCGAUCCAAGAUGUCGAUGCAGCAGCCGACUUGUCAGAGAGUCUGAAAAAGUCCGCCCGCGUGCGGCUGCAGGAAAGCAUAGCGCAUCUCACCACAGAGUUGAAAGAGCAGACGCUCGCAUACCAAGCGACGCGCCGGCGCCUGCAGGCCGAGAAAGUGCACUGGUUCGCUCCCGACGUCCAUCGUGGCCAGCUUGUCCAGCAGCUCGUCGUUCACUGCCUGCAUCCCCGAGCGCUGUUUUCUCCGACCGAUGCCGUCUACACGGCCAAGUUCCUUCGGAUGCUGCACACGCUUGGCACGCCGGCGCUGCCGACGCUCGCGGUGUACGAUGUGCUUUUGACACAGCACGUGGCCUCGACGCUGUUUUUGGCGUCCGAAAACGAGGCUCGGUCUUAUGCACGCUUCCUGCACGCCAUACUGGGUGACUUGCACGGCUGGCUUCAGUCCAAGGACCUAUACGACAAAGAAGCCCUUGGCGACGUCCCAGGAUUUUCUCUCGCUUGGGAAGGGCUCCGAGGAAUGCACACGCGGCGAACCGGCGACCAGCCUUUGUCGUUUGCUGCCUUCAAACUGUGCAUGCUGACCUGGCACACUUCGCUGCAUGAUGCGUUUGCUUCCUGUUUCGGCUCUGAGUACAUGCGGAUCCGGAACGCGAUCGUGGUGCUGAAUCGCAUCUCUGGCUACUUCCCCUUGCAUAAAGAACACGGUGCGCAUCUUCUGCAGGCGGUCGAACAUGUCGUCGCCUCAGAACACCGUGGCGACCUAAAAGUACUGGGCCAGGGUCUCGUUGCCACACUGAAGAAACAGGCGCCCACCUGGGUGGACGUGAGUUUCUUCCGUCCCUUGACGAAGGAAGAGCGCGAUGCCAGAGCUCGGCACGAAGCAGCGCUGCGUGCGAAGGCGGAGGACGAACAAAGAGAAAGAGAAGCGAAGAAGGCCCAAGAGGCUCGUGAAGCACAGCAGGCAAAGGAAGCCGAAGAAGCACGCCGCGCUGAGGAAGCGGCCGCAGCAGCCAAGGCAGACGAAGCCAGGCGUGCAGAUGAAGCGCGUCGUGCUGAGGAGGCUCGUCGGGCCGAAGAAGCACGGCGCACUGCCGAAGAACCUCGGCAUGUGGACGAGGAGCCUGCGCCUCCGCAUAAACAGUCCCGAGACAAUGCAAAGCAUGAUGCUCGUGCAGAAGAUGGCAUCGUGGAUCGCGAUGAUAGCUGGAGGAGAGCUACGCCUGAUCGGCGGGGCAGCAAAGUGCCGUCUAAAAUCGACAGACGAGACCGAGACCGCAAGUCGGAGGAUGCACCAUCGGCGGCACACGACGAGCCACGAGAACUUCGGAUCCGUGGUAGUGGCGAUACACGCGCCAAAGACCGGCCGAAAGACUCGACGAAUGACACUGCAGCAUCUCGAGGAGACGACUCAUUUGGUGCGCGACACGAUCCUCGGCCGUCCCGGUCUGAACAGCGUGCACGUCAUGGUCGGUCGGACUUCCCUGACCGCGAUGCACGGCCUCCGCCCCGGGAUGCAAGGUCUGAGCGUGCCGGCGGUGGUCGUUGGGGUCGAGAACGAGAACGAGAACGAGAGCGUGAGCGCCAUCGUGAGCGCGAACAUUACGGACGCUAUGACAGGCGCGCUUCAGACGAUCGACCCUAUCCCCAUCCCCAUCCCCACACCGACCACUCCGACGAUCGGUGGCAGGAAACGAAUGCACAAUGGAAUCGGCGACGCAGUGAUGUUUCACCCUCGCCAGCAGCCCCGAUGCAGCAAGGUGCGACUGAUGACGCGCAUCGAGCGAAUGACGAACGCGGUGGACGAAAGCGCUCCUUAGCUGAUCGCUUGGGCUCUUCUGACACAGGUACACCGUCCUCUGACUCGGUACGUAUACCAAUACAAGCACACACACGUACGAGCGACACUCAGUCUCAGCAGGGCACGCCCGACAUGAAGCGCAUGCGUAGGGACCGCAUGUCCGUACGCUCCCAACAAGGAGCGUCCACCGCUUCGGACGACCGUCCACCAGAUCAUGCGCCAAAUGCAUGGCCCGAGAGAGACCGACCAGCACGCGCGUGGGGUCGCGAGCGCGCAAAUGACAUGCCACGUGAGCAUCGUGAACGAGACCGUCGAAAACGUCGUGCUGGUGGUGAUGAACAUGGUUGA